AUGGAGCCACAUCGUCUCAGACUGGUGCACAUGCGACUCGCGCUGCACCAGCCACGUGCCCAUAAUGACAUUUUUAUUCAUAGCACUGCUUCUACAAGAAACGCUGAACGCUCGGCGGCAGCAGCGGAGGCGUACCUGUUGGACUGCCAGGAUGCUUCGCCAGCUGACAUUGCGUUCAUCAUCGAUGGCUCUGGGAGCGUUUUGAUGGAUGGUUUCACAAAAUCACUUCAGUUUGUUCAACGGAUUGUAGAUGCUUUCGAUAUAGGAUCGUCAGCAACUCAGGUGGCACUGAUCGUCUUCGAUCACCAUGCUCGUAUCCAGUUUUAUUUUAACAAGAAUAAUGACGUGACGACCUUAAAAUCAGCUAUUUCAGCAAUUAAUUAUCCGGGUGGAGAAACAAAUAUUACCGCCGCAAUUGUCAAGGCAACAGAAAUGUUCCAGGAUACAUCUGUAUCAGGACGCCGAUCAUCGACUACUGGAAUUGUUAUACUCAUGACAGACGGUGUGACUGACCUCUUUGAGCCAAGCAUAAACGCUGCACAAAAGCUGAAAGAUCUGGGGAUUAUCAUUGAUACAGCGGGUGUAGGAAGUUCCGUUAAUGUUGAAGAAUUGAAAAAUGUGGCCACAAAUGCAUCUUAUUACUUUAAUGCAGACAAUUACAACUCACUGGAAAGUAUUUCUGGACCAUUGACGUCGUCAGCUUGUAAAGAUAUUGGCGGCUGCAACUGUAAAAAUGGAGGAACUUGUAUCCCGGGAAACUUUAGAAGCUAUUGCGAUUGUCCAGCCAUCUAUACAGGAUCUGAUUGCGAGAAAUCAAUAUGUGAUGAAUCCCCGUGCGCAAAAGGAGAAUGCAGUGUUUCCGGCGAAGCCUGGUUUUGUUCAUGUCAAGCUGGGUACACGGGAACUCGUUGCAAAAUCAGUAUGUGAGAUUGUGC